AGCGCCAGCCAGCGGUGCAAAUGCAUAAACAGGUGACAUCCCGUUUUUUUUGCGAAAAGAAAAAUGGGAGUGCAGUGAAAAAUAAUGAAUUUUAUUGAAUUUCUCACACUAAUUCUGGCCCUGACCCAUCUCAUUGACAAUGCCCUUUCCGGAGAAUACCGUCAAUUCAAUUUCACAUCAAACUGUCGAGGCGGAAGCGAUGUGUUUCAGCAGAAAAUCCUAUUCCUGGAGCAGGGAAAAGCUGCUUUGGUGAAUCAAUCGUGGAACACCAAGUACCUACCACUGGAUGACAUACAGUGCAUGGUGAUGAUUAACACAACAACAAGGUAUUCGGGGCUAUUUGCCGUCAUCCAGAAGCUGAACUUCCGCACAAAGUCAAACGGGAAGAGUGAAUGCAGGGAUUAUGUGCAGAUUAAGUAUGGUGGUGGGGAUAAGACGGGGAAGAUUUGCGAGGAAAUCGGGACGGAACGCACACCAGCAAUGAGCUUUAACAGUCCCACGGGGGAGAUGAGUAUCCAGCUCCACAUUGGUGGGAGGAAAGCUGAAGAAGUGGAGGAAUUCAUUGAAAUCUCAAUGGUUCUCACCACUUAUCGAGAUUGCGAUGAUUCCUUCGCAUUUUCGUGCUUCCGCAAUAACACAGGAUGCAUCCCAAUGGAGUACUAUCGAGACUCUGUGGUAAACUGCGAUACACCCCUCUGUGCCGAUGAGGUUUCCUGCCUCGUGGGUCAGCAGAGUGUUGUCCGGAAGACGCUCAAUUCAUCAAAUAUCGCCCUAAGUGCCAUCACUAGUUUCAUUUUCACAGCCCUCGGUGUUGGGGGGUGCCUGUGGUGCUGCUGGAAAUACCGAUAUUGCCUCGAAGAGUGCUUCGCUGGCCCACCGCCCACGAUGGCCACGAGUACGGAUCAGCAGACGAAUACAGUUCCAUCACAGGGGGCACCAAUUGAACUGCAACUACCGCAAUCUCCGAGUUUGGCGCAACAGCCCUCGCAGUCGCGACAAGAAGACAAGGAUCUCCCGCCCAGCUAUGACACUCUAUUCCCGGAUAAGUAAUCAUCAACAUUAGUGCCAAAACUGUAUUGGUGUGAAAUCUCUCAUACAAAUGGGGGGGCGGCUAAACGGAAUUCCAUCCAUUUGUAGACAACAUUGAAUCUCCAGAGCGGGCGCAUUUUGCCUGUGAGGUGUGUACUUAUAUUGUAAAAAAGAAACAUAUUUUUUAAUGCUUUUUCUCAAUAAGAAGAAUAUUUUUCUAUGUCAAUUAAUAAAAUUUGUAAUAAUAUUAAUAAUAAAAUAAUUGAAUAAGAAAUAUUA